ACUAACUCCCACUCCCCACCCGUCCCUUCCCUUCAUCACCCUCCCUGCCCCCCACCCUGUGUACCCUUCAUCCUCCCUAUCCUCUCCUGUCCUCCUCUCUCCUGCUCUGCAGUCCCUCCAUCCCUCCUCCCUCUUACUCCUGUGUUAAGAGAUGGUUCCAGUCGCCACCACCACCACCACAGCCACCACCAACACCACCACUACUGUCACUACUGCCACCAAAUGGCUCUCUGAGGGGUGGCUACCGGCCUGCAGCGCCCCGAGCACUGUGAGGUGCGCGCGGUGGAUGGGUGAGGGUGGCGGCCGGAACGCUCCAUGAAGGGACCGGUGGAUAGUGUUGGGAUAGACUCACUUUAAGGUUUAUAGAUAGAGACAGAGAAGGAAAGAGAUAAAGAAAAGUAUAUUUUAGAGUCUUACUGUUAGCUGGCAAUCUCUUCCUCAUGAGUCACUGCUGCAGGGUUAGCAAGGAGAGAAAGAGAGAUAGAUAGAUAGAGAAGAAUAUUAGUGAGGCUGAGGAAGGCAGGCAGCCCUGCCCUCAGCAGUAGCAAUAAUAGAGCUAAAACAGUAGUGUUAGAGAAUGGGUUGGCAAGAAGCUGUUUCACCGAUGAAGGCAGACGCCACAGGGGACGUGCAGUCUGACGCAGGCCGGCGCGCUGCUCCAGGGAAGUGUGCGGCGGCGGCGGCAGCCUUGACAACACUGAGCACCACUCUGUAAACCAUCAGUGUACAUAAUGCAAGUUCCUGAAGUUAUAGAUAUUGACACAUUCCAACUAUUCUUAUACGCAGUUUGGGACGGUUAGUUGAGCGCUGGGGAGGCCUGGGGGGCGGGCCCAGCGUCCCCUCGGCCAUCUGGUGUCCCUGUCAUCAUGUCGUGUUGUGUAUAGACUGUAGCACCUGUCCUGAGGCCCUCACCUGGAGGGCCGCACACUGUCAUUAUGUAUCUGCUUCAACACAUUACUGCAAAUGCUGAAAUUGUAUCCUGUGCAUGUAGCUAAACAUGGGUUUUUGCCACUCAUAAGUUUUUUUGAUUUGCCUCACUUUCAAGUAGCCACAAAGGUUUUCUCAAAAUUUUCACUUGAUAUAAUGGUCCAGGCCUCAGGGAAACGAUACAUCCAUUGAACACUGAUGAAACUUUUUGGGAUAAAUUUGAUAAUGGUUAUAAACAAGCAUUAUGUUGAGCAAAUAAUCCUCAAAUUCAUUCAGACUGAUUCAGAUCCAAAUUGCCGUCUUGGUGGUCAGCUGCACCGUCUUAAAUAUUGACUUGAGACACAAAAGGCCUGUGAUUGAGGAAUAAAUUUUUUUGCAUGUUUAUGACCCAAACUACAAUGCAUAAUGACAAGGCUUGCACAGUGUGUUGGCUCCAAGGUACUGGAACUUGGUGGUACACUUUAUACCCAACAGUGGCAGCAAUAUGACUCUGCACUGCACAUACACACACACAUACACACACACACACACACACACACACACACACACACAAUGGUAAGUCACACCUCCCUGGAUCAACAAAUACAGUCAUCAGUAUUCAAGAUCACACACUAGACCGUGAUGAGUCUAUAGAUUGUCUCACACUGAGGGCGUUGACAGGAGCCAUGUUGCUGCCGGGUCGAGAUGGUGAUGGCAAGCCAGAGGAGUGCUCACUGAGGCCAGGUGAGGGGGGCUGUGCUGGCCUGCUCACCCAGCACAGCCCCCUUCAUGCCCAGCCCGGUGAGGGGGUCAGGGGACCAGAAAUGUGGGAAUACUGUGAGUGUGACACAUGAGGCCUGGGAGAUGUCCCAAAUAGCCACUUGAGGACUGCAAGAGUAAGGUAACAAGGAUGGUUGAGGAAGGAAGUGUUUGGAGUCCCCUGUGAGUGCACUGCAGGGACUGCCUCACACUGAGUAACACCCAUGCAAGCCUUUGGGGAAUAAAGGCACUGUAGGUUCAAGAAAAAUAAAUGAUAAAAGAAACAUCACAAGAGAAACCACUCACUCCUGAACUGAAAAUAUAUUGAAAAUAAAUUGGAAGCAUGGACCACAGCUGCCUGAUACAGCUGGGCAGUGGAGGUGGUGGCUGUGACAAGGAAAACCACAAAUGUCAAACAAACAAGAUAAAGAUUUGUAUGUACUCUCAAUGACUGCCAGCCUGAACAACCUGCCUGGUCUCCCCUGACUGGUCUAGUGGGACUAUUAACAGCUCAUGGGAAUAAUAAGUGAGAAGAUUAAAGAAAAGAGAAAGAUACAAGGUAAAAAGGUGGACAUCUUGGAGGUGAGCCAGGCGUUCCCACACCAGAAUGGCGGCGACAAGCCCGUCAAGAAGCGGCACAUGAUCACCUCCAGCAGCGUGGACGGCCGCCUCAUCACCACCAUCAAGGCAGCGGCGGCAACAGGUGUGCCAGAAGAUUCAGAACUCUCAGACUCUGACAGUGAUGAAGAGUCCACCUCCCUCUCCUCCGUGGACGACGAUGCGCUGAACCACGUGCCAUCCCCGUGGCUCAAGCGCGACACUCCUGACUCAGCCUCCGUCUACAGCGAGUCUCCCCCGGUGAAGAAGAGGAAGAUGAUCACAGACGAGGUGUCGCUGCGGGUGCCUCUGAUGUAUGGGUGGCGACGGGAGACCACCAUGCGGACCAUCACCCAGUCUGGGGUCCGGGGCGAGGUGGUUUAUUAUGCCCCCUGUGGCAAGCCUUUCCGACAAUACCCUGACAUCAUGAGGUACCUGGAGAAGAACGGCAUCACGGAGGUUACUCGGGACAACUUCAGCUUCUCCAGCAAGAUCCCCAUUGGCGAGUAUGUUGAGUCCGGCACACAGGUCCGCCACUCGGAGAACGACAUCCGGGACAAGAUCAAACAAAUACGGGAGCAGAAAGGGUACAAGCCACAGCGGAAACACGAGGAUGGGAGAGACGCCCUGGAGAUCGAAGCGGAGGCAAUCCUGCGACGCCUGGAGGCUGAGGAGGAGGCAGAAAAGGCAAGGAAGGAUCUCAUGAGCCAGCUAGAGGAACAACACCAGCUGAGACUGCAGAAGGAGCAGGAGCGAAUAAGGAAACAGGAUGAACUCAGAAGGGAGAAGGAGGAGUUGAGGAGGCAGAGGGAGGAGGAGAACAGACAAAGACUUUAUGAGCAGCUAAGGAAAGCACAGGAGAGAGAGCAGGAGAAGCAGAAGCAGAAGAUAUUGAAGGAGCAGUUGUAUCUACAGGAGCUCAACAAACAGCGUGAAAUGCUCUACACUCUUGAGCUGGAGAGGGAGCGACGGAGGUACCAUGGAGUCUUGGUGCGGGCGCUGGAGGGCAGGAAGCGCCAUGAGGAAAGGGAGAGGAGAAGAGAGGAGAUGAAGGAGGAAAAACGAGCCACCAGAGAGAGGAAACGGGAAGAGCGGUUGCAGGCGAGGGAACUGAACCAGCUGAUGAAGGAGGUGAAGGAGGACAUGGAGUUGACGGACCACACACCACUGCCUGAUGCGCCUCGCCUGCAGGGUCUGCGCCUCCCACCUGAAGCCUUCGGGAACAUCCUCAUGGUGUUCGAAUUCCUGCACAACUUUGGGGAGACGCUCGGGUUUGACAUGGAGUCACUACCAUCAAUCCAGAGCCUGCAGAUGGCACUCCUGAAUGACACAGAGAGCGAGGAGGAGCUUCUGAGUGUGCUGUCCCACCUGCUGGUCUGUGCCAUUGAGGACCCAGGCAUUCCCUCGGCCCACCGCCACACCACCAUCCUGGGACAGACCCUCAACCGCGCCGACAUCACCCACGCCAACAUCUCAGAGAUCCUGCGUGUCUACCUCAAUGCCAACGCCAUGGGAGAGGUGCGAAUCAUCUACGGCCUCCUGGGCACGGAGAAGGAGCGCCGGGAGAACCCCAAGAAAGGGCAGGAGUGGGAUGCAAGACUGGCGGAGAUGGACGCAUACAAGAUGUCCCAGUGGCUCCUGGUGAUGCCGUUCCUGGCCCUCAACCCCACGCAGAAGAGUGAGAUCGUGGCGUACGUGUGCAACGAGCUGCUGCAGAACAAGGCUGUGGUGCGGCAGAUUGAGGACUCCCUGGACCGCCACAAUGGACUCAAGACGGAGAAGUGGAAGCUGGACACGCGGAUCAGGAAGCUAAGGAUGAGUGUGGCACGCAAGAGGAUCUACAAUGCAGCAAUGCGGUCCAUGAUGGAGCACCGUGGCGGCGAGGACUCCAACAUGUCCAGCGUGUCCUCCUGCCACGGCGGGGAGCAGGACAAGGCCGACGCCAAGAAGGACAAGGAGGAGGACAAGCUGGAGGAAGAUGAAGAGGAUGACGACAAUGAGAGUGGCAAUGACAGUGACAACAUUGAGGAGAUUCCCGAUGAGGAGGACGACAAGCGGUUGAAUGCAGACGACGCCUCCAAGACCCUGGACCUCCUGCAGCGUCAGAUGAACCAGGUACGCCAAGACCUCUUCGAGACGGCCCAGCAGGUGCGCGGCUUCAACUGUGGCCAGGACAGGUACCAGAGGACUAUGUGGGUGCUGCCUCACGCUGGGGGUCCCUUCCUGGAGGGCCUCUCCUCCUGCGACUACACUGGCCGAGAACACUUCCCCCUCAACUUGCCCACCUCCGCCGCCAAAGUUGGUUUAACUCAGGAAGAGCUGGAGGCCCGGCUGGCUGCAGCAAGGGAAGAGAAGGAGAGGAAGCUGAAGGAAGAGGAGGAGGCCAAGAAGGAGGUGAAGGAGGAGCCAGAAGUGAAGGAGGAGAAAGUUGAGGUGAAGACUGAAGUGGAGGUGAAGUCUGAGAAGGAAGAGGAGGCGAAGGAGGGUGAGGCACUAGACAUGAAGCCAUCUGUUCCUCUGCUGCAGGUGAAGAAAGAAGAGGAGCUGAAGGAGGAGGAGGACUGUGAUGUGCCUGAGAUACCCCACAAGAAUGACAGGAAGUCUGAGAGUGCUGCUAGGGAGGAGGGCCGGGGACAGAACGGCGUCCUGGAGAGCAAGGAGACAAUGGGGAACACCAUUGCGGAGCUGUAUCCCCCCAUGCUGGGUGCCAACCUCAGCCCCUACCUGGUGAAUGGGCUGAAGGAGGCACCACCGCCCCCACCCAAUGCAGGGGAGGGCAUCGACCCCAACCUGCUGGCCCUGGGGCUGGGCCUGGUGCCAGGCCAGUAUCUGCGGCCGGAGCACGUGGCGCAGCGGGAGAAGCUGUCCUUCAGCCUCCUGCCACGCAUGCCCUGCGACGUGUCCACCAUGGAGUCCCUCCCUAGUGGCCAGACUCCCCAGGGUACCCCCAGAGGCUCCCCCAGAGAAGCUUCCCCCUGCUCUAGGUAUAAUGGGCCUCACAGCCCCUUGCCAGGCACCCUACAUGCCCCCAGUGGCACUCCAGGACUCACUGCCACCCCAGUAUCAACAAUAAACACUCCAUUAGCAGUAAGCACCCCCAGACCCCCAGCCACAGCCCCUGGCGGCGGCCCCGCCACUCCCAACACAGCCGCCAACACCCCAGAUGUGUCCGUCAGGCAGGAGGUCCCUGGCACCCCCGAUGUGACGGCCACCCCAGACCAGACCAGCAACACCACAGCAAAUACCACCACAGACCCAACCAGUGCCACAGAUCUGACCAACAACACCACCACGCUGGGCACCCCGGCAGCAGCAGCAACCAGCACCCCAGGUGGCCCCACCAGCGCUGUCCCUCCUGAGGGUGCUGGCACCAACCCAGCGGGCGGCAUCCAGUCCCUACCACACAAAGAGCUGCUGGAGCGCCUGCACCAGACAGCUGAGGCGCUGCCUAUCCCUGGCGAGUACAAGACUGGGUGGUGGCACCUCGGCGACAUGGAGCAGCUCAAGAAGAUGAUUGGAGCACUCAAUGAGAGAGGCGUGCGGGAGAGGGAGCUCAAGAGGUUCAUUGAGAAAAACUUUUCCAUAGUCAAGAAUGCAAUCUCCAAGAGGAGCAGCAAAAGCAAACUGGCUCUGGUGGCACCCAUCGACACAGAGGCCACCAACCUGGACACGGACCCUGAGGAGGCGGCCAAGGUGAUGUAUGACGAGUUUGGCACGCCGGUGGCCGAUGAGCCGCAGCACUGGCUCCCCGAUGUGGCUCUCAAGGUGGACUUUGCUGUGCUGGAGUCUGUUUAUGCCAUGGAGGAAAAGAUAACUAAUGCCUCUAUGCAGAGUAAGAGCUGGCGGCUCAACGACAAUGGGGAGCGACACAUGGGUGAGUUCCGGGCAUCAUGUUUGGAGCCAGUGGAGGAGGACGACUCACGCCUCAACCCAAUACACGUAGGGCGGGACAGAUUGCUGGCGCUGGAGGAAGGAAUAGAACGACGCUACCUCAAGCCACCCCUCGGUGUACUAAUGAACCCAAAAAGUGACACAGCACCCGACACAAAGGAGGUACCGAAGGGCCUGCUGGUGUGGCGGGAGGCUGUGGGCAAGACAGAGACAGCAGCACAACUGGCUAUGUGUACCUACAUGUUGGAGACAGCUGUGGCGUGGGACAAGAGCAUUAUGAAGGCGUACUGCCAGUUCUGCCACAGCGGGGACCACGAGGAGAAGCUGCUGCUGUGUGAUGGCUGUGACAAGGGUUACCACACACACUGCUUCAAGCCACCCAUGAACAACAUUCCAGAUGGCGACUGGUAUUGCUAUGAGUGUGUCAACAAGUUCAGCGACACCUCCCAGCGGCACUGCCUGGUGUGUGGGGGUACGGAAGGCCGCACACUGGUCUACUGCUCUGUGUGUCCUCGGGCUUACCACACCACCUGCAUCACCCCCAAUCUCAACAAGGUGCCAAGGAAUAAGUGGGUGUGUCCAGCCUGCACAAGUAAGAGUCCGAGAGGUCGCCGAGGUCGUGCCAAGAAGGUCAGUGAGAGUAAUAAUACCUCAUCUGCCGCUGCCCAGCCUGCCGACACAACCACUGACUCGGUUGACGACAGCCAGGCCGUGUCCCCCGCUGUGACCAAGAAGGACCGUGCUAUUAAAAAGAAGGACCAGAAGGACUUAGUGGCGUGCAGGAGCAUCACGGCGGAGCUGGAGGUGCACGAGGAUGCCUGGCCCUUCCUGCUGCCAGUCAACACACGACAGUUCCCUACCUACAAGAAGAUCAUCAGGCGACCGAUGGACUUGUCGGUCAUCAAGAAGAAGCUGGAGGAUAACCUCUACAAGUCACGGGAGGAGUACUGUGAGGAUCUGCGCCUCAUGUUCAACAACUGUGAGACAUUCAACGAGGACGACUCCCCGGUGGGCAAGGCGGGACACAACCUGCGCUCCUUCUUUGAGACGCGCUGGAAUGAGCACUUCCCCCCUUCCUAGGCCCCCACCCCAUCCCUAUCCCCAUCCCUGCUAUAUGUAUGUAUAUAUGUCGAUAUAUACAUAUAGGUAUAUAUGUAUAUAUGUAAAUGUAUAUGUAUAUAUAUAUGAUGUAUUCAGGAUAUAAUUGUAAGCCAAAGUGGAUGAGGCGGCUGUGUGAUGGAUGCUGUGGAGGCGCGGUGGAUGGCAGCUCCCCCAUUCCAGACACCCGAGUGAGGGCCGCUGCCCACUCCCCCGGCCCCAGCAGGGAGGAGCAGCACCUACACUGAGGGGUCACGAAACAGUCACCCAGUCACCUCCCUCGGGUAAAUUUUGUACUGAAGGCAUUAGGGCGCAUGUGAGGGACAGACAGACACAUGCACACGCCCCGGAGUGCGUGAGUGUAUGUGUGAAAGGAGUGUGCAGGCUGCCUUCACCCUGCACACCCCAUCAGUUGGUGUGCGCAUUGCAGGACGCACCACGGCUGAGACUCGGAUGCAAGGUUCAAACGCACACUUGAGUUGGAAGGAGGAGCAGCAAGGCAUGACUUGGACCUCAAUACUCACUGGAUGAAUGCAUGGAAGUGGAUGCAGGAAAGAGACACAAGUGGUGAGAUGUGGAUGAGUGUAAAAGCAAGAAAAAAGAAAGAUAUUGAAACUUGUGAUGAUUAUAAUGAAAUGCACUUUUAAGAAGGAGAGAGAGAGAGAGAAAACGUGAUACAGUACACAGCUUAGUGGUGAUAGUGAUGAAGGAGAGUGUGGUGAGAGAGGGAGAGAUAAUGAGCAGAAUGGAAAAAUAAAAGAAAGAGAAGUGUGUUUAUGUUCCUCAGCAAACAGUUAGACCAGCCUCUCUCCCUCCCACCACUCUCUCUGUACCUAUCUCUCUCUCUCUCUAUAAAUGUUUCCCAGUGAAGGACGGAGCCGCACUGCCACAGCGAGGAGAUGAUGUGGUGACAGUACACAGUGUUUCUGUAACAGAGUGUGUGUAGGAAUGAUAGUGCCACGUUAACACACACACACACACACACACACACACACAGAAACAAACACACAUCACCUUUCUCAGUUUAUUCAAAUUUCUCUUUCUUUUCUUUUCAUGUGUGUGUGUGUGUAUGUGUACGUGUGUGUGUGUGUUUGUAUGUUUGUGUUUGUAUAUGUAUGGAGAGAGAGAGAAACUUAUUGUUAUUUCUUUGAACACAAUUAUAAAUCUCUAGCCUCCUCCUCCUCCUCCUCUUCCUCCUCCGAUAUUUAUAAGUGUGAUUGUGUGUUUGUAUAAGAGAUUUUGUGUACCGGAGAGAGAGUGAGAGAGAGAGAGAUGUGAUAUAUGUAAUACUUGCAAUCUAUGACUGUAUUAGAGAUAUACAUAUGCAUAAUCCAAACACACACACACACACACACACACACACACACACACACACACACACACACACACACACACACACACACACACACACACACACACACACACACAAAGCAAAGCAAGUGUCACAAUGCUGUCACAAAAAAAAAAAAAACUGAGGAAGCAGAAGAGGGAGAAGAAGAAGAAGAAAUUUUUUAUAGAUUCAUAUAUAUAAAUACCUACCCUACUAUAAAUGGCAAGAAUCACUCCCCCCAUUACUUUCCCUUUCCCAUAUCCCCUUCUAGAUGGUGUGGAUGGCCCCUACCCUCCUCCUCCUCCUCCUCCUCCUCCUCCUCCUCCUCCUCCUCCUCCUCCUCCUCCUCCUCCUCCUCCUCCUCCUCCUCCUCCUCCUUCUCCUUCUCCUUCUUCUCCUCCUCCUUCUCCUCCUCCUCCUCCUCUACUGGGUCUCUUUUGGCAGGGAUAACUAAGAAACAUUGUGGGUAUGUAAAUAUCAUAAUGAAUUGUGUAGUAGUGGAAGUAGUGUGUUGGCCCAACUAUUUAUUUACUUGUAGGAUAGAGGCAAUGCAGUGAGAAAGAGAGAGAGAGAGAGAGAGAGAGAUCACCUCAUCUGUCACAUCUUUCAUAACUCUCUCUCUCUCUCUCUCUCUCUCUCUCUCUCUCUCUCUCUCUCUCUCUCUCUCUCUCUCUCUCUCUCUCUCUCUCUCUCUCUCUCUCUCUCUCUCUCUCUCUCUCUCUCUCUCUCUCUCUCUCUCUUGUAACCUUUCACCCCCAAAACAAAGCAAAAAUACUCGAUCUUUUUUUUUUUCACACACAGCUUCAUGGGGGUUACUGAAGUGUGUGUGUGUGUGUGUGUGUGUGUGUGUGUGUGUGUGUGUGUGUGUGUGUGUGUGUGUUCAAAUUGUAUGUGUAUGUGAUGAAUAGAAAAGAUAGCCCCCUCAUUUCUCUCUCUCUCUCUCUCUCUCUCUCUCUCUCUCUCUCUCUCUCUCUCUCUCUCUCUCUCUCUCUCUCUCUCUCUCUCUCUCUCUCAUCAUUCACAAUAUCACCAUUAUUUUCAUACCCGCUGUGUGCUUGUGUCAGAACGAUGCACAAAUGUAGAACUCACUUUAAUUUAUUGGCUGUGUGCCCUCUUACCCUACACCCCAGCCCCUCUCAGCUCCCCCCCAGCUCCCCCAACCUCACUCAGCUCCCCCCAAGCCUCCCUGACCCUUCCCCUAUUUAUUUUUCCCCCAUGCCGCGGUCAUUACAAUUGUUUCCAUGAGUUGGCCGACCAAAGUUUGCAUCGAGAAACACAAGUGGUGGCAGAGCAGGGAUGCCGCGCAACUCUACAGUAGGAAGUAAGAUAGGAAUUAUUCUCUCUUUAUUUAUUUAUUCUUACCUCCAGUGGGCGAAUUGCAAUUUUUGUAUUAUUUAAUUGGAUGUGGCGUUUAUGUUGGUGGUGAGUGUUUGGUCUGUGCAUUCUCUCACACUUGGCAGCUGAGCCUCUCAACAAGGUAUCCUAUACUUUGUGUCUGUAGAAACCCCUUGUGUUUUGUUUAUCAUUUGCAGGACACAGAAUGAGUAUCAAAAAACAAAUAACAAACAAACAAACAAACACACAGUGAUGCAGUAAUUAUAAUAGCGAUGAUAAUCUUAUUAUUAAUAUACUUAAGUACUACGUCAUUUAUUCGUCGGAGAAAACGGUGUCAAAGCAAGUCACACAUGAAAGGCAGGAGUCACUAUUUUAUUUUUUACACAGCAUACAUUAUUACCAUUACUUCAUUACUCCAUUCUUUCCCUCCCCCGACGUGCGGAGGAGAGAACACGGGCGCACCGUGAGGCCCGCCGUGUGUGUAUGUGUCAUUAUUUCAUUUAUUGUAUACAAGAAGAAGUUUCAAUCUUUGUACAGCGUCUAGUUCUUAAUAAAGUACGUCCAACAGGA